CUCGACAGGGUGGUGGUGAUUGCCCGGAAAUGAGUAUUGGAGCUAUAAAAAUUGCCUUGGAAAUUUCUCUUCCUGGUUCUUUCAUCUAUGUUUUCACUGAUGCACGGUCCAAGGAUUAUCGGCUCACUCAUGAGGUUCUGCAGCUUAUCCAACAGAAACAGUCACAGGUGGUAUUUGUGCUCACUGGAGAUUGCGAUGAUCGGAGCCAUAUUGGAUACAAAGUCUAUGAAGAAAUUGCCUCCACAAGUUCUGGUCAAGUGUUCCACCUGGACAAAAAACAGGUUAAUGAGGUGAGUGUCAUAAAACGGGUCUACUUUAUUAUAAGAUGGAGUCUGGAGGUUGAAGUUCAGACUUCCACAAGAGAACUGUUCUUUGAGAAAUUUCUAGCUGAAACAGAUGUGCUAAAAUGGGUAGAGGAAGCAGUGCAGGCCUCCAAAGUCCACCUCUUAUCUACAGAUCAUCUGGAACAGGCUGUGAACACAUGGAAAAUCCCUUUUGAUCCCAGCCUCAAAGAGGUGACUGUGUCCCUGAGUGGCCCUUCUCCAGUGAUUGAAAUUCGCAAUCCUUUAGGGAAGCUGAUCAAAAAGGGCUUUGGCCUGAAUGAGCUAUUGAAUAUCCAUAACUCUGCCAAGGUGGUGAAUGUGAAAGAGCCAGAGGCUGGAUUGUGGACAGUGAAGACUUCCAGCAGCGGACGGCACUCUGUGCGCAUCACCGGCCUCAGCACUAUUGAUUUCCGAGCUGGUUUUUCCCGAAAGCCCACCCUGGACUUCAAGAAAACAGUCAGCAGACCAGUGCAAGGAAUCCCUACCUAUGUGCUUCUGAACACUUCCGGGCUUUCCGUCCCAGCUAGAGUAGAUCGUCUUGAACUUCUCAGUAUCUCAGGCGCUUCUCUGAAGACUAUUCCUGUGAAAUAUUACCCAGAGCGGAAACCUUAUGGCAUCUGGAACAUUUCUGACUUUAUGCCACCAAGUGAAGCUUUCUUCCUCAAAGUAGCAGGUUAUGAUAAGGACGAUUAUCUCUUCCAGAGAGUAUCAAGUGUUUCCUUCUCUAGUAUCGUCCCAGAUGCUCCCAAAGUUACAAUGCCUAAGAAGACCCCAGGAUACUACCUGCAGCCUGGCCGAAUUCCCUGCUCUGUUGAAAGUCUUUUGCCCUUUACCUUGAGCUUUGUCAGAAAUGGACUCAAACUCGGAGUAGACCAGUAUUUAAAAGAAUCCGCCAGUGUGAACUGGGAUAUUGAAAAGGUCACUUUGUCUGACGAAGGCUCCUAUGAGUGCAUCGCUGCCAGCAGUGCGGGGACCGGACGGGCACAGACGUUUUUUGAUGUGUCAGAGCCCCCUCCAGUCAUCCAAGUGCCUGCUAAUGUUACAGUCGCUCCUGGAGAAAGAGCAGUUUUGACAUGCCUUGUCAUCAGCGCAGUGGAUUACAAUCUAACCUGGCAGAGGAACGACCGAGAUGUCAGACUGGCAGACCCAGCAAGAAUGCGGACCUUGGCUAACCUCUCACUGGAGCUCAGGACUGUGAAAUUCACCGAUGCUGGAGAGUAUCGUUGUCUGGUUUCCAAUGAAGGAGGAUCAUCAGCUGCUUCAGUUUUCCUCACAGUGCAAGAACCGCCCAAAGUCACUGUGAUGCCCAAGAACCAAUCCUUCACAGGAGGAUCUGAGGUCUCCAUCAUGUGUUCUGCAACAGGUUAUCCCAAACCCAAGGUCGCCUGGACCAUGAAUGAUAUGUUUCUCGUGGGUUCACACAGGUAUAGGAUGACCUCAGAAGGUACCUUAUUUAUCAGAAAUGCAAUUCCCAAAGAUGCAGGGGUCUAUGGUUGUCUGGCAAGUAAUUCAGCGGGAACAGAUAAACAGACUUCUACCCUCAGAUACAUUGAAGCCCCCAAGCUGAUCGUCGUUCAGAGUGAGCUCUUGGUUGCCCUGGGGGACACAACGGUGAUGGAAUGCAAAACCUCCGGGGUCCCUCCGCCCCAAGUGAAAUGGUUCAAAGGGGAUCUUGAGCUGAGGCCCUCAACUUUUCUCAUUAUUGAUCCUCUCAUGGGACUUUUGAAGAUUCCAGAAACUCAGGAUCUCGACGCUGGUGAUUACACAUGUGUAGCUGUCAACGAAGCUGGAAGAGCAACUGGCAAGAUAACUCUGGAUGUUGGCUCACCUCCAGUUUUCAUACAAGAACCGGCUGACGUGUCUAUGGAAAUCGGUUCAAAUGUGACUUUACCUUGCUAUGUCCAGGGCUAUCCAGAACCAAAGGUUAAGUGGCGAAGGUUAGACAACAUGCCGAUCUUCUCAAGACCCUUUUCAGUGAGUUCCAUCAGCCAACUAAGAACAGGAGCUCUCUUUAUUUCAAACUUAUGGGCAAGUGAUAAAGGAACCUACAUCUGUGAAGCUGAAAACCACUUUGGAAAGAUCCAGUCCCAGACAACAAUAACAGUGACAGGACUCGUUGCUCCCCUCAUUGGAAUCAGCCCUUCAGUGACCAGUGUAAUCGAAGGACAGCAGCUUACUUUGCCUUGUGCUCUAUUGGCUGGGAAUCCCAUUCCAGAACGCCGGUGGAUUAGGAAUUCAGCCACGUUGGUCCAAAAUCCUUACAUCACCGUACGCAGUGAUGGGAGUCUCCAUAUUGAAAGAGUUCGCCUUCAGGAUGGAGGUGAAUAUACUUGUGUGGCCAGUAACGUUGCUGGAACCAUUAACAAAACAACCACUGUGGAUGUGCAUGUUCUGCCAACCAUUCAGCACGGGCAGCAGAUACUCAGUACAAUUGAAGGCAUCCCAGUAACUCUACCCUGCAAAGCCAGUGGCAUUCCCAAACCAUCUAUCACCUGGUCCAAGACUCUGCUCUUCCGGGAAGACACAUACACGAGCCCAUUUAGUCCCCCUCCAUAUCCCUGUCUGAAGUUGUACGGCUUUUACUCGUGUUCUUGCAGUGAGGAAAAGCUCAUUUACGGAGGAUGUCCUUCCCAUCCUUGA